UCACCUGGAAUACAAUCUAGUCAUUACUUCUUUCAGUAUUCAGCUGCUAUAAUGAAAAAGAGAAUAUCUAGAGGAAGGCCAGUUGGAGUGGUGUUUUUGCAAAGAUUCUUCACCCUUGGUAAAUAUCGACGUAAAGUCUAUCAAACAAGUGUCUUAUGUCUGACUUUCAUAGCUUAUACCGCUUAUCAUAUGUCAAGACGGCCUCUUGCAAUUGUCAAAAAUUCCCUGAAUCAAGACUGCUCUCGUCUGACACCACCUCCAGGAGUGAUUAUUAAUAAUAAUACUAGAGAUAAUUGGUGUGAUUGGGCUCCUUUUGAUCAAAGUAAUGCUAACAGACUUUUAGGAGUUCUUGAUGCUGUUUAUGUUUUUGCAUAUGCAGUAUGCAUGUUUGUAAGUGGAAUGUUAGCGGAAAGAAUUGAUUUACGAUAUUAUUUAGCUCUCGGAAUGCUUUUUAGUGGAAUUUUUACUUACUUAUUUGGUUUGGCAUUCUAUUUAAACAUUCACAGCUUCGCUUUCUUCGUAAUUGUUCAAAUACUUGGAGGCGCUGUACAAUGCACAGGUUGGCCAGGAGUAGUUUCUUGCGUCGGCAAUUGGUUUGGUAAAGCAAGAAGGGGACUUAUAUUUGGAAUCUGGAAUGCUCAUUUAUACGUAGGCAACAUUCUAGGAGCAUUUGUUGCCGGCCAUUUUGUAGCUUACAACUGGGGAUUAUCAUUCAUUGUACCAUCAGCUAUUGUUGGAUUCUGUGGAUUUGUAAUGUUUUUGUUCCUUGUACCACAUCCAGAGGUGGUAGACUGCGCAAGUCAUCAUGAAACUAGCAAACAAGGAGACCCCACACAAAAUCCACUUCUUAAGCCUGAAUCUUCUAUGAGAUCAGAGAGCAUGAGUAUUGAGGUAAAUGAAGCAUCUUUGGGACAGGAUGAACAAAACCGACAUAGAAACAAAAAAGCUAUCACUUUUUGGGAAGCAGUCAAAAUUCCAGGGGUCAUUGAAUUCUCUUUGAGCUUAUUCUUUUCAAAAUUAGUAAGCUAUACUUUUCUAUUUUGGUUGCCGAGAUACCUGGAUGCUGCAACUGGUGCAGGAUCGCAAGCAUCUGCCUUCAUGUCCAUAGCUUUUGAUGUUGGUGGCAUUCUUGGUGGCGUCAUUGCUGGUAUAAUUUCAGAUCACACGGGUGCCAGUGCAUUAACUUGUGUAGGAUUUCUUGGGCUAGCUGUUCCUUCACUCUUUAUUUUUCAAGCUUAUGGAAGUGUAAAUAAAGUCACUAACAUUAUUUUACAAGUGAUUUGUGGUGCAUUAGUGAAUGGACCUUAUGCACUAAUUACUACAGCUGUCGCUACAGAGUUAGGAACUCACAAAAGUAUUAAAAGCAACUCCAAAGCUUUAUCGACAGUUACAGCUAUUAUAGAUGGUACAGGAUCAGUGGGUGCCGCACUUGGCCCAUUGCUUGCUGGCUUAGUGUCUGAAACAUCAUGGGCCUAUGUUUUCUAUAUGAUGAUGUUUGCAGACUUGUGUGCUCUAUUAUCCCUCCUGCGAACAGCUCUAAGAGAAGCUAAAGAAUGUUACGGCCUUAGAUGUUUUAAAAGUGAUAAAAAUUCUUAUGAAACAAUAGAGUGAACAGUAUUUAAAUAAUUUAUUUUCUAGGAGUGCUCUCUAUAAAGUUUUAAUUUCUGUUUUUUGAAAAUUUUGCUUUUCAAAAUUACAAUUAGAAUUCCUAUUUUAAUUUUAUCUUUAGCUUGUAAAGAACUAAGGAUUUUUAAAUAUUCAUUUACUAUGUAAGUAUUUAUUCUUGUACAGUAUUUUUUCAUUUAAAACCAUACAAUAGUUCGUAAAUGGCAAAAACAUACUCAUACAUUCAUAAUCAUUUCUUUUAUGUGUUCUUUGUGAACGAUUUUAUUUAUUCUGUUAUUGUUUUUACUUAGUUGUUUCUAUAGUUUUGUGAUUUUUUUAAUUAUUUUCUAUGAACUGUUCUUCAUACUUGCUUUGAACUGUUAAAUUAUUUUAUUGUGGCUUAAUUAAGUAUUUUAAACUACUUUUCAAAUCAAAACACCCAAUUUGUAUAACAGAUUUUUAUGAAAUAUUAUCUACGUUUCAAGAAAUUUAUUUGUGUCAUUGAUGAAAAUUAUUUUGAUCAAUAUUUUUUAAAAAUCAAAAAUGAUUUCCAGAUUUAGUACCAUUUUAAAAACGAAUAGUAUUAUUGAACUUGGUUAUCAAAUUUAUUCACCAUAUUAUUGAUCACCAUACAUAUAU